AUGGAAUCUAGUACGAAUCAAGCAAAAAAAUACUCUUACAACCAUCUCCUAGUUGGUUUAGUUGCUCUGCUUUUCUCACCACUCCUAACCAUAUUGUAUUUGCUAUUCUCCCCAAUCACUAUACCUACGACAUUCAUCCUCUAUCACUUUUAUAAAGUCCAAAUUAAGCAACAUUUAAGUGAACUUUAUUAAAAUGCAAAUACCAUUGUCCAAAAUGGCUUGAAAGAGUAUGUUGUUCCAGCUUACAAUGCUGCCAAAACAAAAAUUAAUGAGAUUGUGGAUCUUUUGUUCUCAUGGAUCUUAAAAAGAAAGGAAUUUUUCUUCAAAGUCUUCAACGAUGUUAACACCUAUUUUUUGGAUUACCUCAACGUUGUUACAACCUAUUUGAUGGAUUACCAAUAUAUCAAAUCACUAGUUGAGUAUCUAUAGGCAGGAAAAGCAAUUAUAUGCGAUUCCUAGAACAUCAUUUGGAUUAUUUUGAAUCAAGCCCAAGUGAAAGUUUUAAACAAUAAAUUUGUGAAAUAUAUUAUAUCAUUUUACACUACUUAUCUAAAUCCGAUUUGCAGAUAUUUCCUAUCCAAAACUGGUAUGGUCUAAGUUUAUGAAUUGAUCAAAACUGGUGUAUUCUAUAUUUAGGAAUUAAUCAACUAAAAUGUCUUACCAAUUCCAAAAAAUAAAAUUCAAAUCAUUGGAUAUGCGAUUUUGAAUGAAUCAGGAAAAACAAUUUAGAAUUUAAAUCCAGAACAAGAAAUCGAUAGAUACAGAAUCCAAUUGCACCAAUAUGCAAUUACUCAAUUCUGGAAGAUCAAAAACUUCAAGGGCUAAUCGAUUUUAGAACUUGAAUGUGGAGAUGCAGUUGGUCUAUCCUAUAUCACUUAAGCAUACGAACCUCAAAGAUGUUUGGGUGUUGAUUCCUCAGAAUUCAGAAUUUAAGAGAAUCUCAAGUUGUACAGCGAAUUAGAAAAUUUGAAAUUCGAAACUAGAAGUCCCCUUGAAAUAGGAGCUCUGUGUGCUCCAAAUACAUUCGAUGUGAUUUUGGGUUUAGAAUUAAAGAAAAAGGAAGCAUUCAGAAACAUCGAUUUCAAGAGUUAUAUUAAAAUAGUGAGUACAUUGCUUAAGGAUGAUGGAUACUUGAUCAUUGGAGAUUAUGACACACAAGAGGAAAUUUAGAAGCUUCAAGAGGAGAUCUCAGCGAAUGGGUUGGUGAUUACUGAGAAGAAUGACUUUACUGUAGGAGUUACAUAGGCUAUGAAAUUAUAGAUUAGGAACAUUAAAUAAACAGCUAGACAAAAUGGAGGAUAUCUUGCUAAAUUCUUGAGUGAAAGAUUGAGGCCAAAUGAAAAAUUAUUGUAACAAUUAAAGGAUAGAUAAUAAAUCUACAUGGUGUAUAUUCUUAAAAAGGCAACACUCUGAAUUAUAAAUUAAAUUCAUAUACAAGCAUAAAUUUAAAUUACCAAUUU